CUACCUGGACAGCCUGGAUCGGAUCGGGGCUGCCGACUACCAGCCCACCGAGCAGGACAUCCUCCGAACCAGGGUCAAAACCACUGGCAUCGUAGAAACCCACUUCACAUUCAAGAACCUCCACUUCAGGCUGUUCGACGUCGGGGGCCAACGAUCUGAACGCAAGAAGUGGAUUCACUGCUUCGAGGACGUCACGGCCAUCAUCUUCUGUGUCGCGCUCAGCGGCUAUGACCAGGUGCUCCACGAAGACGAGACCACGAACCGCAUGCACGAAUCGCUGAAGCUCUUCGACAGCAUCUGCAACAACAAGUGGUUCACGGACACGUCCAUCAUCCUGUUUCUUAACAAGAAGGACAUAUUCGAAGAGAAGAUCAAGAAGUCCCCGCUAACCAUCUGCUUUCCUGAGUACACAGGCCCCAGCACCUUCACGGAAGCCGUGGCUCAUAUCCAGGCGCAGUACGAGAGCAAGAACAAGUCGGCCCACAAGGAGAUCUACACCCACAUCACCUGUGCCACUGACACCAACAACAUCCAGUUUGUCUUUGAUGCCGUGACGGACGUCAUCAUCGCCAAAAACCUUCGGGGCUGUGGCCUCUACUGAGCCCUGGCCUUGCCACCCAGCUGCCCACCACCCUGCCCAGCCUGCCACCCCACCCCUGCCCUGGACAAGGGGGCACCAGCAGCUGGCACUGAGCGGGGAAGAGGAGGCGCCCUCCACGGCCUCCCCCACCCCAGACACCAGAACACGUGGUAACGGGGCCGGCGGGGGCGCUGAGUGCCCACACCUGCCGAGACAGAUGGCCCGCUGGCCUCCGCGCCAUCGCUGGGUGUUUCCCCGGGGGAGAGGCGUAUGGGGGCCACGCCGCCAUCUGGGCCAGAAUGGGCGCGCUCUGCACGCAGUGGUUCACGCUUGAGGUCCCAGGGUCCCCUCCUGUCUCCGAAGCUGUGCAGGUGGUGGGGCGGCGUGCUGGCCGGAGGGGGCGCAGUGGGAGCCGCUGCUCAGCUUCUCUUGGGGUCUCUCUGGUCGAGGGCAGCUCCGUCACCAAAGGCCAGGGUGGGACCAGGCCACCAACCGCGUGUGGGUCCCGGGCUCAGGCCUCGGCAAGUGCCUCCCUCCUCCUCCCCAUGGACCUCAGCCCUGGAUGCCAGUCCUUCCUUCUCUGGGCCUCCCUCCCUUCACACCUCUGGGGCUCCCCAGUGUCCUCCUGGGGAACCCCCACCCUGACUCCUCACAGGUCUGGAAAUGCUUCUGAGACCGACUUCUUGCAAAGGCACGUGGUAGA